GCAGCCUUGCCCCCUCCCACCCGCCGCAUUCCAAUCAGACGUACCUCGAAAUUUUCUGUCCCGACAGGGCAGAUUUCAAGCCAUCUACAGAGCAGUGAAUCUUAACUACGCAAAUUAACGUUCCUACAGCUUGGAUCCCGCAAUUCUUCAAGAGCUUAUCAUCAUGUCGGCUGCGGAACCCCAAACCAACACUGCCGCUGGCAACAAAUCUCUUGGCAUGCGGAAGAAUGGCAAGCAAUGGCACGAAACGAAAAGGGCUUUUAGGCCGACGUCAGGAUUGACCUCAUACGAGAAGCGCGCCAAGGACCGUGUUGCGAUGGCCGCGAUGAAGGCCAAAGAGAAAGAGAUGAAGGACGAGAAGGAAGCAGAGCGCAAGCAACGAAUCCAGGCCAUCAAGGACAGAAGAGCCGCCAAGGAGGAGAAGGAGCGUUACGAGAAGAUGGCAGAGAAGAUGCACAAGAAGCGUGUGGAGAGACUCAAGAGGAAGGAAAAGCGGAACAAGCUCAUCAACUCAUGAGCUGCGUUGCGGGUAGACCGCUGUUGGGGCGGGCACUGCGAACGAAUCUCGACGCCGACAACCUAUCAGGAGAGGCAGCACCGGUCUCCCA